AGUUGGGAUCUUCAUGUUGGGCUGCUACGCAGCGUCUGCCCGGGUGACACGUGGCUCUGCCAAGCGGUGGCUCAUCGGCACCUGGUGGCUGGCCGUGUUCGUGUUGGCAGCGGGCUUCACGGGCCACAUGAAGGCCAGCCUGACCAUGAAGGACCCGCGGGCACGCUACGACACCCUACAGGACAUCAUGCAGAGCAAGGACGUACUGCCGGUCAUCAUUCGGGGAACCACCUACGAAGAGCGCUUCCGGAACUCGCUCGACGUCCACCAACGCCAGGUGUGGGCCAAGGCGCGCCGCAUGGGAGGCAUCAUGCCCGUCAAGGACGUGUUCUCCAAGGAGACGUUCGACGACGUGCUUCAGUCGAAGAAGGUGGUGUUUCUGGACCAGACGUUACUGUACCACGCACUUGUGAGACUGUACGACAAGCCUCCGCAAGGAGAAUUCUACAUGGGCCGGGAGAUCGCCAUGAACUUGACCAUGGGCAUGUGGGUCAACAGGGACCUCCCCGUUAGCCUGCGCAAGACACUUCACCAGCGCACCCGGUGGAUCAUCGAGUCCGGCCUGCCCGAGUGGAAUCGGCUCAGCAUCAUCCAGCGGGCCAAGCAGAGGAGCCAGACCGGGGCGCAGGGGGCGCAAUCCUUCACCUUCCACACCAUCCGCGUGGAGGACGUGAGCGGCCUCUUCUACCUGAUGGUCGCCUGCUUCUCCGUCUGCCUGCCGGCAGCCAUGUUGGAGCACGUGGCGUUUGCCCUCGGCAGGUGCCGCUGCUGUCGUCGCCGCGUGCACGCCACUUGA